AUGUAGCCGCCGCUCCACUCCUCGAGCUGCCCGCUGCAGUAUUGAAACAGCACUCGGUGUGCACGAACGUUUUUAUUAAAAUUGUGAUUAAAAUUUAUAAUCGUUAACAACAAUCAUGGCUAAUGUCAUGGAUGUGGCAACAGAUGACAACCUUCAAUACCAAUUCUUCCCCGUUUCAAGUGGAUCAGUUCAGUUCAAAGUCAGAGCAGCGAAUGAUGCCCACAUCGCGCUCACGACAGGCCCGCAAGAAUCGGAUCCUAUGUAUGAGGUGAUGAUUGGAGGCUGGGGAAACGCUAAGAGCGUCAUCAGGAAAAAUAGAACCAAGCCCGAUAAGGUUGAAAUUGAAAGCCCCGGAAUUCUUAACGGAGGGGAAUAUCGUGGUUUUUGGGUUCGUUGGGACAGCGGCAUUAUCUCCGCUGGACGCGAGGGUGAAGCUAUUCCAUUCAUAUCUUGGUCUGAUCCCGAACCUUUCCCAGUUUACUACGUCGGAGUCUGCACAGGCUGGGGUGCCACAGGCUCCUGGAAAAUCGAAGAUGGAGCGGAAUUCGAUACUCCGGACAGGUUAGAGUAUAAGUUUGGACCUGUUGCCUCUGGUUCUUUGGAAUUCGAUUACCGCGGACCGCACAACUGCCACGUUUCCCUCACAACUCAUCCCGCAGAAGUAGAUCCAAUGUAUGAAAUAAUCAUCGGCGGUUGGGAGAACACACAAUCUGUUAUUCGUUAUUGCAGGCAGAAACCCGACAAGGUGACGAUCCCGACGCCCGGAAUCAUGAACCCUAACGAAUUUAAGAAGUUCUUGAUUGAAUGGAGAUGCGGCAGAUUGUUGGUGCGUGACAGGACGUCGGGGACGGUCCUCAUGGAGUGGGUCGACCCUGCACCCUUUCCCGUAACGCACUUCGGUGUGCGCACUGGAUAUGGCGCCCGCGGUCAAUGGCGCAUUACGCAUUUCGGCAGAACGGGCGCACAGCCACUGCCACCGACUGCACCUGUAGCAGCUGCAUUGUACGCAGCCCCCCCUGGCUACCCUGGAGGCUACGGAGGAAACGUACCCCCUCCGUCUGGAGGAGCCGGUAUAUGGGUUGAUGUUUCAGGAGGUCAAGUACCUCCUGGCGCCGUUGUGGGAGGACAGGACUGCUCAGGAGAACCUCUGUAUGUGGCUCGUGCUGUUCACGAAGGUGCCACGAUCCCUGGUAAACUCGUUCCUUCUCAUGGUUGCGCUUACGUUCCAUGGGGUGGUAUUGAACAUGGAAAGCCUCAAUACCAGAUCUUAGUAGGCGGCCCAAACAACUGGGUUCCUACCAGUGGAUCCAACGUCCCGCCAGGUGCAUUCCCCGGUGGAGAAACUGAAGAUGGAGAACCUUUAUACAUUGGCCGUGUCCGCCACGAAGGUAGCCUCACCACCGGCAAGGUUCAACAGUCUCACGGCGUCUGCUACAUUUCGUUUGGUGGACAGGAGCUUGGAUUCCCGGACUACGAAGUCCUCAUGCCCUAAUUAUUAUCACUCAGCAGAGUCAGGGACGGCUUAUAUUAGAUUGCACCAAAAGUACACAAAGUAAUUGUUUAUUUCGAAUGAUGUAUUCAUGAUAAUACAUGUUUCAUACCGGCUCUUUUGAUUUGCAGCAAAAAAAAGCAGAUGGUGGAUUAUUUUCAUGACUAUUCUUCAAUUUAACUUUGAAGUUUUUUCACAACGCACUAUAUUAGAUAAAUAAAUGCCAGACUAAGUCCGUCCCUGCGCAAUAUGAAUCUCCUAAUAACACGCAAUGUAGAAUUUGCUUAAUAAAAUAGAUAUGGUGCAUCAUGCAUCGUUAUCGCGGAAAAAAAUUAUAAAUUUAAUAAUGCCUGUGUAUUAAUCACGCGCAUUGCAUGCAUAUUGCGUUUCUGUUGUAAUACGUAUACUUAAUAAGUUUUUAUAAGUUACAACUUUGUUAAAUUAUUAAAAUAUACACUAUAUACGCCAACAAG